GCAGGUAAAUGAAUCUUAUUGGUUUACUAGUGGUAUUAUGACAGUGAGCAGCCCUUUUUAAGACAAAAGCUAGGAACUACAACAAACCUUGUACAUUUUCUUCUGUUCUGGGGAAGUAGAAGUCCAGGAGCUGACAUUUAAAACCACAAUGAGUGAGCAAAAGGGUUCUGAGGCAACCAAUGAAAAGGAGAAGCCUUCUGGUGAGAAUGAUGGACAAAAGAAAAUUCAAGAGGAAUUUCAAAUCGAUAUGGAUGCACCAGAGACAGAACGUGCAGCUGUGACAAUACAGUCUCAAUUCAGAAAAUUCCAGAAGAAAAAGGCAGGGUCCCAGUCUUAGUGUUAAUAGUUUCCUCACAGUUAAUAAAUAGAAUUCUACAGUCACCAGAUGAAAAAAAAUGAACAAAUAAACUAAUCAGCAAAAACCCCCAAAUAGCCCCACACUAUACAUCUGAAUUACAAACAUGAAGUGCAUGUACACAAGCUCUUGCUAUUUAUAGUCAUUAGGAAAAUGUAAGACAAUGAUAUCUAAGCAAUUAAAGCUAUUUAUUUAGCUCUAGUUCUAUCUCUUCUGUAACUAACAACUUUAUUUGAGGUUAUAAUAAAACAAAAUAAAGAAAUGUAUGUUUUUAUUUGCUGUUUUAUAUUAAUACAGAACAUCAUAAAUCUUACAAAAAUUUAUAUUUUCUUCUCCACUCAAAGCUUAGAGACAUAAUUUUGAAAUUUGAAUCUGUUAU